UGAAUAAGAACGUUGUAACGUUGUUGUUAUUUUAAUUAUUUUGCUACCUUUUCUUGAGACAAAAUGUUGCAUGGUUCCGAUUACCUCUCAAAAUACCUUUCUGUACACUUUCAGAAAAAACAAAAUUCAUCCCUUGGACACAACAGUUUUGUUAAUCUACGCAUGUACGUACAAUAUAAUUCCGUUAUUUAUUGGGCACACAAAUCAUGACAAAAAUUACUGUUUUCAACAUUAACGUUUCUUCUCUUUGUGGCUUUGUAUUUCCGUAAUUGGAUGUUACGUCACUGUUUGAUUCAACGCAGUGGCUGAUGGGAAAAAGGUCGAGAUCUGCAGGCUACACCACAGUCGACUGCUGCCACACAGAUAAUUUAACUUUGUUACUGGUAGUAAAAAAAUCAGUUGUUGCAAAUAGAACUUGUCUACUCUGCUGCUGAAGAUACACAACUAUUUCACACUUCCCAUUUCCCGUCUUUUACUUUUACACCGAACAAACUACUAGCUACUGGCUAACGUUAGCUCUUAAACUGCAUCGUUGGUGUUUUAGCUUCUUUUUGGGGAGGGCGUUUAAACACUGCUCCUGAGGAUCCCCGGCUGAGGCAGGGGUUCGGACCCGAGUGAUGUUUUUCUGUUCUUCCUGGGAAGAUGGAUGAGAAAUCCAGCGGCAUCGGCCAUCAGCGUCUCCUGAUCGCCCUGCUUAUGUCGUUGCUCUUUGGCGUUAUCAUGGUACAAUAUGUGUGUCCCAGUAGGUCCGAGUGCCACAUGCUGCACCGGCUAGGAUCCUGGCUGGGAGUCGCCAGUACGUCAGGUUCUCAGAUUGGCGGCGCGGAAGUUCGGGACGGGCUGCAAAAAGAUCCGUACAGUGCAGAGGACGGGGCUCUGGUACGCUUCGUCCCUCGCUUUAACUUCACCAAAACCGAUCUAAAUCGUGUUGUGGACUUCAACAUCAAAGGUGAUGAUGUUAUAGUUUUCCUCCACAUUCAGAAAACAGGCGGCACCACCUUUGGUCGACACCUGGUGAGGAAUAUACAGCUAGAGAGGCCGUGUGAGUGUCACGCGGGGCAAAAGAAAUGUACUUGUUUCCGGCCAGGUAAAAAGGAAACCUGGCUGUUUUCUCGCUUUUCCACGGGCUGGAGCUGUGGGCUUCAUGCGGACUGGACUGAGCUCACCAGGUGUGUGCCCUCACGCAUGGAUACUAAAGAUGCUCCCCAAAACAUGCCCAGAAGAAACUACUAUUAUAUAACUAUCCUAAGAGAGCCGGUAUUGCGAUAUCUGAGUGAGUGGCGUCACGUGCAGCGUGGAGCUACAUGGAAAGCCUCCUUACAUGUGUGUGAUGGACGUUCACCAACGCUGUCUGAGCUGCCAAGCUGUUACUCUGGAGAUGACUGGUCAGGCUGCUCCCUGCAGGAGUUCAUAGACUGUCCCUAUAAUCUGGCCAACAACCGACAGACCCGCAUGCUUGCUGACCUCAGCCUCGUUGGUUGUUACAACGUGUCUGCCAUGAGCGAAGAAGAACGCUGGGCACUACUUCUACAGAGUGCUAAGCGUAACCUACGGCACAUGGCCUUCUUUGGUCUGACAGAGUACCAGCGUAAGACCCAGUAUCUCUUUGAGCGAACCUUCAACUUGGAAUUCAUUGCACCCUUCACACAGCUAAAUGGCACACGUGCCUCUAGUGUUGACAUACCUGCUGAUAAACAACACAGAAUCCGUGAGCUAAACCGAUGGGAUGUGGAGCUGUAUGAGUAUGCCAGGGAUCUAUUCCUGCAGCGUUUCCAGGUGGCACGGCAGCAGGAACGCAGACAAGCCAGAGAGAGGCGUCAGCAGGAGAGAAGGCGGCUGCGUGGAAGGUUUGCAACAAAGCAGGGCAGGCUGCUGAAGCCCUCAGAUUCACCCCAUCAGACUGAGAGCCACUCAGCAGUGACUGUGCAACAGAGGGAGAAAGCUGCCGAGUCAGAAAUGCUACUCCCAGAGUGGUGGGAUUUGGAUGAGAAUGGCACAAUAGAGGAUUAUGUGGACAAUGUGGAACAGUGGUAAAAAGAGCCAGCAGAAUCAUGAUACUAACUGGGUAUGCCUGGUUCUUCCAUUUAUUCUAAGUAAUACAAGUUAAAGUCUUUUGGUACUUCUUUGGAACAUCGUUUUUUUAGUGACAUUUAUUUAUUGAUAUUGAUUGUAUUUCUUUGCCAUAUCUGAU